AUGUCGCACAGUGUCGUCAGUCUGUACUUGGAGGAUGAGCGCGAUAUCAAGCGGCGCAGACACGCGCUGCGCAGCCUCAGCCGCAGCACCCCCAUGAUGAACCGGCUGGACUCGCAGCCGUCGUUCGAAGUGUCACUGGGAAUGGUGCCUGAGGGCGUGGUCACCACUGGUGUUUCAGCGUUCUCAUGUGCGCUGGUGAGCGACAUUCUGCUGCAGGGCCGGCUCUACGUCACCAGUCAUCACUUCGCCUUCUACUCCAACCUCUUCGGGCACGUUACCAGGAUACUGAUUCCGUGCUCGCUGGUGCUGGCCAUCACCAAGGAGAAGACGGCGCGCAUCAUCCCCAACGCGGUGGCCGUGGUGAGCAGCGAAGGCCGCCACGUGUUCGGUAGCCUGCUCAGCCGUGACUCGGCCUUCGAGACCAUGGUGCGCGUAUGGCGCAAGGAGAUCGGUCGAGACGAGCCCGAUCUCUCCUCGAACGGCAAGGAGGUGAGGCUCGCACGAGCGUCGCUGGGACGAGGAUCGCUACACGGGCUCUUGACGGCAGGGACGAGGAUUGGUACACGGGCUCUUGACGGCAGGGACGAGGAUCGGUGCACGGGCUCUUGACGGCAGGGACGGGGAUCGGUACACGGGCUCCUGACGGCGGGGACGAGGAUCGGUACAUGGGCUCUUGACGGCAAGGACGAGGAUCGGUAAAUGGGCUCUUGACGGCAGGAACGAGGAUCGGUACACGGGCUCUUGACGUCAGGGGCGAGGAUCGGUACACGGGCUCUUGGCAGCAGGGACGAGGAUCGGUACACGGGCUCUUGA